AUGCAGUGGCUCAUCACCGGAUGCUCCUCGGGCCUAGGACUAUCUCUUGCCCAAGCAGUCCUGGAGCAGCCAGGCCAAAAGGUCAUCGCGACAUCUCGCAGCCCGGCAUCUCCAGAAGCCGUCCAGUCAAUCACCUCUCAUCAAAAUGGAGCGUGGGAGGCGCUGGAUGUCGCCGCUGCAGACAUCGAGGCCAGAUAUGCGGCGAUAGUUGCAAAGCACGGCCCUGUGGACGUGCUCAUCAACAACGCCGGCUUUGCAGCGGGUGGCAUCUUCGAGGCCACCCCGGUCGACCUCGCCCGACGCCAAUACGAGACCAAUUUCUUCGGCGCGUUCCGUCUGAUGCAGUGCGUUCUCCCGGUCCUGCGCGAGUCCGGCAAAGGCGGCGCCAUCGUGAACAUCAGUUCUUCGGUAUUCUGGCAGCCCCAACCCAGCACCACGACGUACGCGUCGAGCAAGUGGGCACUUGAAGGGUUGUCGGAGGCUCUCGUGCCAGAGGUUGCGUCUUUCAACAUUCGUGUCCUGAUCGCCGAGCCUGGGGGUAUGCGCACUCCAUUCUUCGACCCGGCCAAACUGGCGGCGAACACGGUCCCGCUGCCGGACACGUACAAAGGUUCGCCGGCGGAUAUGUUUCUGCAGGCAAUCACGUCCGGCGGGUAUGUGCCGAAUCUCGACACGGACAAGGCGGCGCGGGCCAUUGUCAAGGAAGUGCUCACGCCGACUGUCGUUCAGGGUGAAGCUGGCAAGCCGAGCGUACCGAUUCUUAGGCUCCCUCUGGGGGGUGAGUCCUUUGCUGCCAUGCAGGAAACGCUUGCAAGGGUCACCCUCGAGGGCGAGAAAAUCAAGCCUACUGCGCUGAGUUGCGACUACGACGCAUGA